AUUUAGCAGGAAUCCCUGAUUCCUGCAGCCAAGCUGGAGGAAGGGAGACGUGAAUCGAAGCCACAGGCUGCUGAGAUUUUUUAAGUCGCACUAAGUCCUGAGAGCUCUGGGGCAGGAUGAAGAUUUCCUGACUGAAGGAGAAAGGACAGACUGGCUUCUCUUUUUUUAUGCUGUUCCUCUCUGUGUGUUUAAUUUAUUUACCUCAAUGAUUCUCUUGACUGAUCUGGUAAUUGUUAGAAGCGGCUGUGACAGCCUGGAAACAUUAGUAUGAUUUCCUGAGUUUGAGAUUUGCUGCCUUCCCCCCACUCCCCCACCCCCCACCCCCCACCCUAAGCCCAGCUCCCCAACUCAGGAAAAGUCAAUACAAUCGCACUUCAUUUUUCCUUCAUGUGCACUUGGAAAUCCUGGGAGCAGCAAAAGCAGCGGCAGCAGCAAGAAUGAACUGCAAGAAAGAAGAUGACAACCGCGCUGACGGGAGCGGCAGCAACACCAAGAAGAUGUUAAAGUGUGUGGUGGUUGGGGAUGGUGCAGUUGGGAAAACCUGUUUGCUGAUGAGCUAUGCCAACGAUGCCUUCCCAGAGGAGUAUGUCCCCACUGUGUUUGACCACUAUGCAGUAACUGUGACUGUGGGAGGACAACAGCACUUGCUGGGACUUUAUGACACCGCUGGGCAGGAGGACUACAACCAGCUGAGGCCUCUGUCCUACCCAAACACAGACGUGUUCUUGAUCUGCUUCUCAGUGGUGAACCCUGCCUCAUACCACAAUGUCCAGGAGGAGUGGGUGCCUGAACUGAAAGUCUGCAUGCCCAACGUGCCUUAUGUCCUCAUAGGAACACAGAUUGAUCUCCGGGAUGAUCCCAAAACUUUGGCUCGGCUGCUUUACAUGAAAGAGAAACCACUCACCUACGAGCACGGCGUGAAGCUAGCAAAGGAGAUCGGAGCACAGUGUUACCUGGAGUGCUCAGCCCUCACGCAGAAAGGCCUUAAGACUGUCUUCGAUGAAGCAAUCCUGACCAUUUUCCACCCCAAAAAGAAGAAGCAGCGCUGUGCAAAGUGCCACAGCUGCUGCACCCUUGUGUGAACUCAGUUGGAAAGAAAACAAAACGAGAUGAGCUCAGCGAAACCAAGCAGGUUAGAAAGGCAAUGAAGUCACAUGCAACUGAAAUGGGGACCAUGACCAGAAAGGUGCCCUUCUUACCCAGACAUAGGAGCCCUCCAUCCUGUGAGACCUCCAAGCUGUAUUACAGUAAGCCAACUCAUGUCUAUGUGCUUUCCUAACCCUCUAAAGACGUAUGCAGCCUGUUCCCCCUACUGCAGACUGCACUGAGCCAACAGAAACCAGGACGCAUGCUACUGCUUGGCUCCUCACCUUAGCAGUAAGGUGAAGGUGCAUGUGGAAAAACAAAGAGCUAGAGGUGGUCAAACAAACUCUAUUUGUGGCCUUAAGCAAGAAUUGGGCAAAAUUAGAAAUUUACAGUACUUAGGAACUGACUGACAGCACAUGGAGAGCUGUAGAAAUCUAUUAUGUAAGAUAUCCACUACUGGUAGGACGUUCUUUACCUUUCUUUCACAAGGCUUGCUAGUUCAGAAUAUACAUUAGCUUGUUCAAAACACAAGGAAGCAAAGAUGAAGUGAUUCCAGUUUAUUUUUACUUACUGGUGAAGCUUCACAGCAUCAGGAUGUUGCUGCACCCAAGCUAUCAAAACGGAUCAACGUUUACCUCCAGACUUAAGGAAUGUUCUUACAACACCAACAAAAAUGCAAACACCUGUAUUUUUACAGGUGAAUGUCCAGGCUAAGCCAUGUUUCCAGAAGGUGGGAAAGGAAGAAUAGGGUUGUAGCAUUAAUGUACUGAUUUCUGCCACCAAAGAAUGUUGCCCUGGACAUGAAAUAGCAUUGUGGAGCAAUUUCCUCUCCCAGCUGAGAACAUGAAUGAGACACGUUGCCAUAGCAACUGAAAACCUUACAGAUCAUCUGGAUUUCUACAUCUCACCCAGCAGACAGAAAUAGCAAAACCCAAAAAGCCAAAGGUCAUCCUUCCUUCAAGUGCUUUAAGGUGAUCCAGUUGCCUUAAGAUUCUUUUUUUUCUUUUUUCAGUGAAGUAUCUCAUAUGAAAACAACUCAAAGUGGAGUUGUGAACACGCUGGUUUAUUGUAGUCUCCCUCCACCCAUUCAUUAAUUCUUUCCUUGCUCCUUUUUUUUUGUCCCAUCUUCAUUACUGUGAGUGUUGUUUAAAUUGCAGGGUGGCUGCAGUCCUCAGAAGUGAACUUUCACACGAGUCACAGAUGAUGGGCUGCAGCUGACAUCAGAGAGGUGGGAAGCUUAGACCUUAAGGGAAGGGAAAAUGCCUGAUCGCUCUCUUUGCUGUCAAAGACUAAGGCUGUGCCUUUUCACUGAAGCCUCUCCAGGGUGCCUGUACUUUUGCACAUCACAGCAACACACUCAGAGGUGAACUCAAAGGAUGUGUAGUUGCUUGCAUCUGCCUUUCCAUGCCCUGGCAAUGCCAUGAGACUGUCUUGUGGAUUUCAUUCCCCAAAAGAAAAUUGCAGUACCAGUAAAUACAGAUUUCAAGACCUCUGAUCUGAUGUAAUUUUCCAUAACGAAGCAUGGCCAGAACUGCUCAGAGUAAGCAAAUAACAGCAGUGAAACCUCCCCAGUUCAGGGACAUGUGCCCUGCACCCCUCAAAAUCCUCUCCAGGAGACUGCUAGCCCACUGCUCUCCAAAAGCACGGGACCGUGGCUGAGUACACACAUGACACCAGACAAGCUCUUGUGAUGAGUGGUGAAUUGCAGACCCAGUGGCACAGAGAAGGAAACAAGCAUGAAGUGGAGCCCAAUCCUGCUGCCACCAAGGCUUAUGGAUCCAAGCUUCUACCCUACUACAAAAUGAAUCUACAAUGGACACCUACAGAAACCAACUCGGACAGCCUAAAGCAUUUUCAGGUAGAAACCAAACAGUUCUCUCUGCCAAAAGUGACUGGAUUUGAGGCAAAUGCCUUGUUGCUGUACACUCAGCCAACUUUCACUUUCCUGCUGCACACAGGUAUGGACAAAAACAAAGCUGUGCUGAAUCGAAGACAGACAAAAGAAAGACUUCAUCAUUGCUGACAUUCUUUGUGCAUACUUUAUAUUUGGUUGUAUUAUGUCCCAGCUAUUUGCUUCAAAGUAACUGGCUGAUAAAACACAGCUCAGAGCAAGGACGAUGCUGAAGCCUGGUGAAGGAGUUCAUGUCAUGCCACGGAGGCUGAGUCACAAUCCCCAGGCAGAGCCAGAAGUAUUUACGCAGUUGGGACACUGACAAUCAGAAUCACACAGAAUGUUAGGGGCUGGAAAGGACCUCUGGAGACUGAGUCCAACAUCCCUGCCAAGGCAGAUGGACAUAAAGCAGGCCACCCAGGAACACAUCCAGGUGGGUUUUGAAUGUGUAAAGUGAUAUCAAGGGAAUAUGAGAAAGACUAGGAGCAGAUUAAAUGAAUAUUUUUAGGUGAAGACAGUUGGCUUAUAGCAUGACUAGAAGGCCACCAAAAUAAGGUUUUGAGAAGAAAAAAAUCAGUUUUCAACAGAUUUCAGAGAAAAUUAGAGUCUUACUGUGCUGCCACUUCAGUGGAAAUAAAAUAAGGCUGUGGCUUUGCUUUAGCUCAUGGAGGUUGCUGUAGAGAGCUAACCUAUGUACCAGUUUCUAGUUAAAAUAAGCCUAUUUUAGCUGAAGCAUGAUCUGAAUGCUCAAGGUUGGAGCUGCCAGAUAUUCUUAGAGCAUCACAGAAUACAGAGGAAAUAGGAAACCAAACUGACAGCUCAGCUUAUCAUAAAAUAAUGAGCACAUUGAAAAGCACAAUAUAGAAUUCCCAGCAUGCAUGCGAGAAAGCCACAAAUAAUCAAAGGAUGCUUUUGCAUGCCACCAAGUAUCAGGGGUGUCUAUUAAUACUAAUGGGAUGGCAUAUGAUAGGCAUACAAAAUAAAAUAGAAGAUGAAAACAUUAAAUAGGAGGUUGUAGCAUUAAUGGAAGUGCAGUGGUUUGAGGAAACUGAACUAAAAAUGUGGUGAUGUUGAAGCUGAAAUGCUACUGUCCUUAUGCGUUAAUCUGCACCAUCCUGCAUAGAUCACUGCAUAGCAGUGAACACAGACAGAAAAGACCCAAAAAAGCCAAGACUAACCAGGGCUUCAUUUGCACCUUUAAACCCAAGCAAAUCAGUCUCAUGUGGCAGUAGAAUUUCAAGUUUUCCAAGCUGAUUGUGAGUGAAAUUCUGCAUCUGGCAGCUGCAAAGGAGGGAGGUGGUCACCAUCCGCUGAGAAAUGGCCUCUGCUCUCCAUUUGGUUCCAAUUCUUCUGUUGACAAAAAUAAAUGUUUUUAAAUAGCUAUGUUUAAGGCAGUCCUAUAAAUAUUAUUCCUGUGUUAGGUUAUGUUCACAGACUUACUCGAGGGUCUUCCCUGUCAUGCUAUUAUUUUGGGGAGGCAUAUCAUGGGCCAACAGGCUUUAGAAGGAGACUCUGACUACCUGGCAAGUCAUACCUAACACCUUUGAUAAACACCAAGGGAUGGUGAGUGAACAGGCAGAAACUCAUUUGCAGAACUAUCAAAACACCAGGGCACAAUGCAAGCACAGGCAUAAGGCAACAGACAGAUACUUCAAAUUAUUUUCAAGUACCCUUAGUAACAAGAAAAGAAAAUCAGUGAAAGAUUGCCAGGCGAAAGAAGAUGGCUUUUCUCGCUGGAUGAUGAGCCAGAAAUGAGACUCCAAUUUCACCUUCCAAGGAACUGAAGAGCUUUGUAAAGGUGAUAAACUGUCCCAGGCACCUAUUUGAUAAUAUCUCUGACUGAUGUCAAAAACCUUCCUGGACAGUGCUGCCUUUGCUAAUAGUCUAUUAUCAUUUCACAAGCAGUUGCAGCUUACAAGGAACCUGUUAGAUCCUGUGAAACCCACCUCCUUCUGAAACCUUGGCAUUCUACCAGCAGUUAAUGGUGAAGUUGUAGUCCCAGAAUUCCCAAAGGGCUUCCAUGUAAACUCCUGCAAGGACAUGUUAGAAAUAUUAGGUAUUAGAGAGAUAUAUCAACAUUAGAGAGGUGUUCUCACAUUAAAAUAACCUACAGAUGCCUCUGUCCUUCAGAGCACUGCUAAAACACAAGCCAGCAGAACUGAGGCAAUCCUGUGCUGUGUCACCACUGCCAGCAUGACCUCAAGGAGAUCCCACAAAGACUUCCACAUUUUGUCCUCAGAAAAGUUGAAGAGAAUGCAGGAACAAAGCUCUAAGCCCACCCAGGUCCAUCCAGGAGCAUUUGUUCAACUGACUGGAAGUUCUAUAUACCUUUAUCCCCCAGGAAUGGUGAGGAGUGGCUCUCAAGAUGUGCUCCCCCUGGUUGUCCUAUGUGCCAAACACUCUCAGAACUUCUAUUUAUGCCCUGUCAAUAUAUACUCUUACAGUAGUAUGUAGCUUAUGAAGAACAACCAACUACAAACUCUUGCUUCACAUUGCCUUGAGUUAGGAAAGAUGUGAAUCUUUCCCAUGACUUUGAUGCAAAUCAUCUUGCUAGUGGGAACUGCAGAAUUCACCUCGAGUCAAGCAUGACAAUUGAAACAAUCACUUUGGCAGCUGUCAUUGAUAUUUCCCACUUUUUUCUCUUUCAAAGCACUGCUUUAGCUCAAUAUAAAUACAGAAUUAAAUAUAAUGCUACAACUUGAUAUGUAAUAAGGUUACUUCAAAUACUUCUACUAAGGAGCCACUGGCAGUCUUCCUCAUUCUGAAAAGCAUCUUACUUCACAAGCAAUUGUCUCCAACUUCUUUGUGCCUCGUUCAUGUAAUGAGGAAGGCUGAAUAUGGACAUUGUGAUGUGCUCUUAUAGUUAAUGUACAGCAAAAUCUCUUCUAUCAGCUCUAGUGUUGGUGGCCUGAGUUCCCCCAGAGCAAUGAUUUCCCAUUCCCCACACACAGUACAAAUCACCUGGUAUUCUGUCAUGCUCAGAAUCUUAGAACCAUAGAAUCAACCAAGUUGGAAGAGACCUCCAAGAUCAUCCAGUCCAACCUAGCACCCAGCCCUAGACAAUCAACUAAGUGCCUCAGGCAGGCUUUUUUUCAACACUUCCAGAGACAGCAACUCCACCUCCUCCCUGGGCAGUCCAUUCCAAUGCCAAUCACUUUCUCUCUGACAACAAUUUCCUCCUAACAUCCAGCCUAGACCUCCCCUGGCACAACUUGAGACUGUGUCCCCUUGCUCGGUUGCUGGGUGUCUGGGAGAAGAGAC